UUCUUCCUCUCCUCAUCUCCUUCCUCUCGAUCGAUCUCUUCCUUGCUUGUCUGGUUUCAUAUAAACACCCUCGACUCUAUCUUUCGCUCGGAAUAUUCUCGUCCUACCACACCAUCUGAAAUCUCACACCAUGGCUGAAAAGGUGGGGAAGAUCGAGGAUGAUCCCCCAAUCCAGACUGAAAAUCAGGUCACUGUCGAGGCUGUUCCUGAUGAUAAGCCCAAGGCGGAGCAUAUCAACCUGAACAAGAAUCUUGAAGCCAAGAUCAAAAAUCCCCUCGCUGAUCUCACCCCCGCCGAGGUCCUGCGCGAUGUUGAGGAAUUUGCCAACGAGCAUCAGCUCCAGGACAUCCUCCCUCACCUGCGCAAGGGUGCCCUCAUCGCUCGCGACCCCCAGAACUAUGACAAAAUCCCUGAGUUGGACGAGGAUGACCUUCGGACCAUCGACGACGAGGUCACCCAUAAGUGGCGCCAGCCCCGCCAGCUCUACUUUACCAUCAUCCUCUGCUCCAUUGGCGCGGCCGUCCAAGGCUGGGACCAGACCGGCAGCAACGGCGCCAACCUCUCCUUUCCCGAUGCCCUGGGCAUCCCCGAAAAGGAUAACCCCAACGCCGAGAGGAACCAGUGGCUGGUCGGUCUCGUCAAUGCAGGCCCCUACAUCGCGAGUGCCUUCAUCGGCUGUUGGCUCUCCGACCCCGUCAACAAGGUCCUGGGACGUCGCGGUGCCAUCUUCGCCUCCGCCAUUUUCUGUAUUCUGACCCCCAUCGGUUCGGCCGUCAGCCAGACCUGGCCUCAGCUCUUCGUCACCCGUCUUCUUCUCGGUAUCGGUAUGGGACUCAAGGCCUCCACCAUCCCCAUGUUCUGCGCCGAAAAUACCCCCGCCAUCAUCCGUGGUGGUCUUGUCAUGUGCUGGCAGCUGUGGACCGCCUUUGGUAUCUUCCUGGGCACCUCUGCCAAUCUGGCUGUCAAGGACACCGGCGAUAUCUCCUGGCGUCUCCAGCUCGGGUCGGCCUUCAUCCCCGCCCUCCCCCUGCUCUUCGGCGUCUACUUCUGCCCCGAGUCCCCCCGUUGGUACAUCAAGAAGGGCUCCAUGCGCAAGGCCUACGAGUCGCUCUGCCGCCUGCGCAACACGGAGCUUCAGGCCGCCCGGGACCUCUUCUCGAUCUACUCGCAGAUCCGCAUCGAGCAGGAAAUCGCCGGCAAGGGCUCGUACGCCCAGCGCUGCGUUGAACUGUUCACCAUCCCCCGCGUCCGCCGCGCCACGCUGGCCUCGUUCGUCGUCAUGCUGGCGCAGCAGAUGUGUGGCAUCAACAUCGUCGCCUUCUACUCCUCGACCAUCUUCCAGGAGGCCGGUGCCAGCGUCACCGAGGCCCUGUUCGCGUCGUGGGGAUUUGGUCUGGUCAACUUCAUCUUCGCUUUCCCGGCCAUCUUCACCAUCGACACCUACGGUCGCCGCGCCCUGCUGCUCUUCACUUUUCCCCAGAUGGCCUGGACCUUGCUGGCCGCCGGCUUCAGCUUCUACAUUCCGGGCGACUCCAAGGCGCACCUGGGCUGUAUUGCGCUCUUUGUGUUCCUCUUCGCCGCUUUCUAUUCUCCGGGCGAGGGGCCUGUCCCGUACGCGUACUCGGCCGAGGUGUUUCCCCUUUCUCAUCGUGAGGUCGGCAUGGCCUGGGCGGUCGCUACCUGUCUCUUCUGGGCGGCCGUCCUUUCCAUCACCUUCCCGCGCAUGCUCGACGCGAUGACCCCAACUGGGGCGUUUGGUUUUUAUGCCGCUCUCAAUGUCACUGCCCUGGUCCUGAUCUUCCUCUGGGUGCCUGAAACCAAGCAGCGUACCCUGGAAGAGCUGGACUACAUCUUCGCCGUGCCGACCCGCGUGCACAUGCGCUACCAGAUGUUCACGGCGCUGCCUUGGUGGAUCCGGCGGUAUAUCUUCCGACGCAAGGAGGAGCUGGAGCCGCUCUACAAGUUUGACAAUACUCGCGAGGAAACCCAGGAGGCUUGAUUGACAUCAUGAUGGUGUUGACAUGGGGCAGACUGUCGUAGUUUCGGAGGAUUGCUUGAUGGAUGAUGGAUGAUGGAUGGAUGGUUCAAUGGUUUGAUGGAUCGGUGGUUUAAUGGACCGGUAAUAGUCGAUAAGAGAGCUAGUACUGUAUCUUAGUACUAUAAUAGGACUAUUUUAUGAGUA